AUGAAUACAAAGACUUUUAUCGUAUGGUUUCUUUUGGUAGCGGCUGUCGUCGUUGCUGUUGCAGCAGACGCUUCCGUGGAUGACAAGAAAAAAGGUGCAAAAGAAGUAGAAGUACCAACCGUAGAAAGCAAAGGACAAGCUACGGUUGAGGCUGCCGUUGAAGAGAAUAAAGACAACAACUAUGAAGUUGAUCAACAUGGCGGCGGUGGAGGAUGGGAAGGAGGCGGUGGAAAGGGUGGAGGAUGGAAGGGAGGCGGUGGAGGAGGAUGGAAAGGAGGCAGCCGUGGGGGAGGAUGGAAAGGAGGAAGUGGCCGUGGGGGAGGAUGGAAAGGAGGAGGUGGCCGUGGGGGAGGAUGGAAGGGAGGUGGUGGUCGAGGAGGUCGUGGUGGAGGGGGUGGUGGUCGAGGAGGUGGUGGCGGAGGCUAUUCCACGGAAGAAAUAAAUAGUGCCCCUGAUGAUGUACACAGUUUUGAAGAAGAGAAAGAUAUCAACUAUCAACCAAACGGCGGAGGAUGGGGAGGAUGGGGAGGAGGUGGAUGGGGUGGCCCAGGUGGAUGGGGAGGAGGUGGAUGGGGUGGCCCAGGUGGAUGGGGUGGAUGGGGUGGCCGAGGUGGAUGGGGUGGAUGGGGAGGCCGAGGUGGAUGGGGUGGAUGGGGAGGCCGAGGUGGAUGGGGAAGAGGCGGAUGGGGCGGAUGGAACUGA